AUGAGUUCUCUCUUGCCAGACUGCACUUCAAAGUGUCGAUCUCUACAGCAUGCUUUGGAUGUUAUUUCUGUAGUAACCAGAGGAAGUGAAGGCCAGAUCAAGGCCUUUCUGUCUUCUUACUGCUACAAUGCUGCAACUAUCAAGGAUGCCUUUGGUAGGAAUGUUAUACAUCUUGCUUCAUCUUGUGGCAAAAAAGGUGUGCUGGACUGGUUGGCUGAGACCAAAGGAGUCGAUCUCUUGGCGAAAGACGAAGAGUCUGGUUGGACAGCUUUGCACAGAAGUAUAUUUUAUGGAUACAUUGAUUGUGUUUUGUCCUUGCUGAAGCAUGGUGUUAGUCUCUAUGUUCAGGAUAAAGAAGGCUUAUCAGCCCUGGAUCUUGUGAUGAAAGACAGGCCAAUCCAUGUGGUGUUCAAGAAAACUGAUCCCACGGAAGUCUACACCUGGGGAAGCAAUAUAAAUUUUACCUUGGGUCAUGGUGGUCAACAGGGUAAACAUCAUCCUGAACUGGUGGACCUCUUCCCUCGAAAUGGCGUGUACAUCAAACAGGUGGUACUCUGCAAAUUCCACUCUGUGUUCCUGUCCCACAAAGGUCAAGUUUAUACAUGUGGACAUGGACAAGGAGGACGCUUGGGUCAUGGUGAUGAACAAACAUGCCUGAUUCCUAGACUUGUGGAAGGCUUAGCUGGCCAUCAGUGCUCUCAGAUAGCUGCAGCUAAGGAUCAUACUGUUGUGUUAACAGAAGAUGGAUAUGUUUACACAUUUGGUUUAAACACUUUCCAUCAACUGGGUAUUCUUCCUCCUCCUGCUAACUGCAGUGUUCCUAGACAGGUUCAGGCAAAAAACCUGAAAGGUAGAAUGGUGAUUGGAGUGGCUGCAGGCAGAUUCCAUACAGUGCUAUGGACUAAGGAAGCAGUGUAUACCAUGGGGCUGAAUGGCGGCCAACUAGGUUAUCUGCUGGAUCCCAAUGGAGAAAAAUAUGUGACUGUACUUCGCCAAGUGUCUGCUCUUCACCAUAAAGAUAUCUCCGUGUCCUUGGUCGCUGCGAGUGACGGCGCUACAGUCUGUGUUACUGAGAGAGGAGAUAUCUAUUUGCUUGCAGACUAUCAGUGCAAAAAGAUGGCUUCAAAACAACUGAACCUUAAAAAAGUUCUUGUUAAUGGGGGACUCUUGGAAUAUAAGUUGGAUACCCAGCAUCUUAAAGAAAAUGAGGGUCAGAAGAUCUGCAUUCUAGCACUGGAUGAAGCUGGGAGAGUGUUCUGCUGGAAGUCAUCAAACAACUCCAUGAGGCAGUGUCGUUGGGUAUAUGGCCGGCAAGUCUUCAUGUCUGAUAUUGCUUUAAAUGGCAACGAAAUAAUGUUUGUCACACAGGAUGGUGAAGCCUUUACAGGGCAGUGGCUGGAAGAAGAGAAAAAAAUCUCAGAAAAGAAAGAGCUUGUAUCAGGCCUUCAGAAUUCUUCAUGUGACGUGUCUUGUGAACAUGAUUCAAACAGUGUGUAUGAAAGAAUUCAACUACAGAAGCUGACUUUUGUUCACCGAGCUGUCAGUAUUGCCACUGAUCCCAAUGGCUGCAAUUUUGCUGUUUUACAGUCAGAUCCUAAAACAAGUCUCUAUGAAAUUCCAAGUGUGUCGUUAUCAAGUUUUGGAGAGGAUUUUGGCAAACUGUUACAAGAAACCGAUGAAAUGGACAGCAUCCAUGAUGUGACUUUUCAGAUUGGCACAAGAACCUACCCCCUGCACAAAUACAUCUUAGCUGUGCGCUCUGAGUUCUUCGAGAAGCUGUUUGCUUCCAGCGGCAAUCAGUUAGACACUCCGGAUGUCUACCGUAAAGAUGAAGAUGCUGUCGGGUGUGAUCUAUACAUCAUAGAGAAAGUUCAUCCAGAUCUGUUUGCAUACCUUCUGCAGUUCAUAUAUACUGAUACCUGUGAUCUUUUAACUCAUGGUUGCAAACCAAAAAUCCUGCCUAAAGGGAAGUCGGAAGAAUACCAAGAUACUUUAAUUUCUAACCUGAGCAAGAUGAGUUUUGAUGACGAUGUUAAUGGAAAGUCUGCAUUUGAGAUUUACAGAAAUAAUCAAGUACAAGUUAUAAGUGAAAAACAGAAGAGCAAAUCUAAAAAAGGCGGAGUUGUUGAUGAAGAAGCUAACCUCAUAAAAAUGUUGCAAAGUGCAGCAAAUAAGUUUGGACUCAGCGAUUUAAGUGGGAGGUUGGAUGGAGUCAGGUUAGAAAAUGGAAAAAAUAAUGUUGUCAAGAAGAAGAAUGGGAACAAACCAAAGUUAAAUCAGAAGAAAUGCUCUUACCUCUGCGAUGUGACCCUGAAAUCAUUAGAUGGAAAGGAAUUCCCGUGUCAUAAGUGUGUACUUUGUGCAAGACUUGAUUAUUUUCACAGCAUGUUAAGCAGCUCGUGGAUUGAGGCUUCCUGUUGUUCAGCUCUGGAAAUACCAAUCCAUUCUGACAUCCUGCAGAUAAUUGUAGAUUACCUGUAUACAGAUGAAGCUCUUGCAGUAAAAGAUUCUCAGAACGUGGAAUUCAUAUGUAAUGUUCUGGUGGUAGCAGACCAGCUUCUUAUAGCCCGACUCAAAGAGAUCUGUGAAGUAGCUAUUGCAGAAAAACUUACUUUAAAGAAUGCUGCUGAGCUGUUGGAGUUCUCAGCAAUGUAUAAAGCUGAACAGCUAAAGCUGUCCUGUUUGCAGUUCAUAGGACUCAAUAUGGCAGCUUUGCUUGAAGCAAGGACUCUUGAUAUCUUAAGUGAUGAAGUUGUAAAGGACCUCUCUGUUUAUUACAGGAAAAUGAUUCCAGCUAUGGUCAGGAGAGUCAUUACUCCAUAUCCAGAUGGACCUGACAUAAGUUCUUUUGAGCCUGAAGAUGGAGAUAACUUUGUCUUUUUAAGGGAUGAAAUGAAUGCAGAACAAAACACUCAGGAAGCCCUUUUCAAAAAAGCAAAAAAUAAGGCAAAAAAGAAACCACGAAAACGGUCUGACAGCUCUGGAGGAUAUAAUCUAUCAGAUAUUAUUCAGAGUCCAGCCUCUACAGGCUCAGUAAAGUUGGAUAAAACUAACUCUGUGGAAUCACUUCCAGAACUCUUAACAUCUGACUCUGAAGGUAGUUAUGCAGGUGUGGGUAGCCCCAGAGACUUGCAGUCCCCUGACUUCAUGAAAGGAUUUCAUCCAGAGAAGACUGAGAUGAAGGACAAAGCAUGCAGUCAGAGUAUUAAACUCCCUCAACCUAACAAGGAGACAAAGUCAUACAAGGCAUCGUCAGCACUGACACAGUCUGUUCCACAGUCCAUUCCUGGUGCCAAAAACAGCUCUGCAAGCUCUCCCAAUUGGGUAGCAACCAGUUUCAGCCCUGCCAGCCCUCCUGCUAUGGAUCUGAGAACCAUCAUGGAAAUUGAAGAAAGUAUGCAGAAACGUGGAACCAUGCCAAAGGCAAAUUCAGGCAGAAUGGCAUCUCAUGGAAUCAAGCUGUCUCAGAAGCAAAGGAAAAUGAUUGCCCUGGCAGCAAGAGAUAAUGGAUCAGUAACUAGCAGCGUGGAGCAUCCUUUGAUAAUACCCACACCACCUACAAAAGUUGCAAAACUAGGGAAUGCAUGGUCAUCUUCAUUACAUUCUGCUUUCCCAAAAUCAUUCCGUGAUCUUGUAAUGGAAGAAGAAAAAUCUAUGAAUAAUUCAUCUGGUCCUGGUAUCAAGAGAGGUGGAUAUAAAGGAUCUGAGGAUUCAUCAGUCCAAAACACCAUAAGGUGCACCACUAGAAAUAGCCCAGGUCUGGAAGACCAUGUUCUGGAUUCUCCACAUCUGGAGAGUCACAAUCCUUGGUUAGCAGCAUCACCAGCUAGCUCUCCUGUCAUAGCACCUGUCAUGUUUUCAGCUAUUGUAGAGGAAGAGCUCCAGCAAGAAGCUGCUCUUAUUAGGAGCAGAGAAAAACCUUUGGCUUUGAUCCAGAUCGAGGAGUGUGCUAUUCAAGACUUGUUGAUCCACUACGAAGCAUUUGACAACCCUGAUGAAUUUGUGACUGUUGAAAGGGCUCCACAGGGACCGAUAGCAGCACCUAUGUGGAACAAGCACUAAUUUGGACUCUUCACAGUCCAUGCUGUAUAUGCACUUCUGAAGGUCUAAUUCUCAUAAAUCACAACUGGAGGAAGAGGAAUCUUUGCAAUUUUUAACAUCAGCAUUAAAGCCCUGCACAUAAUCACUAGGUAUUUGUUAGAGAGAAUGGAAAUAAUGAGCUCACUGUGUCCUUUACCCACAGUAUCUAUCCUAUGUAUGU